AACCUCCUCAACUCUCUCUCCUCUCUCGCCGGUCGCCGCCGAUCUCCUCUUCGUCGCUCCAAAGUGAUCCACACCCACAGCGAUCGAUCUCUUGGCACGCCGCGGCAAGCGCACCCGCCUCGGAUCAGUUCGCGGGAUCUCGGAGCAGCUAGAGUUGGCGCACGCGAAUCGCGAUGGCCGCGCAGCCGUGGAGGUCGCUGCUCUGCUGCGUGGGCGGCGGCGCGGCGGCAGGCGAGGGCGACGGGCCGGCGUCCCCGCGGCGGCGGCGGCGGGGGCGGGACCAGCCGCUGCUGCUCCCGGCCUCCUCGUCGUCGGCGGCGUCGCGGGUGUCGCUGUCGAGCCUCGGCUCGUCGGGGCCGCUCACGCCGGAGGACCUCUCGCUCACGCUGUCCGGCUGCUCCGACCUGCACGCCUUCACCUACGCCGAGCUGCGCGGCGCCACCGCGGGGUUCUCCCGCGGUAACUACCUCGGCUGCGGCGGGUUCGGCCCCGUCUACCGGGGCCGCGUCGACGACGGCCUCCGCCCGGGGCUGCCCGCGCAGGAGGUGGCCGUCAAGUACCUCGACCCCGACUGCGGCACGCAGGGCCACCGGGAGUGGCUCGCCGAGGUCUUCUUCCUCGGCCAGCUCCGCCACGGGAACCUCGUCAGGCUCCUCGGCUACUGCUACGAGGACCACCACCGGAUGCUCGUCUACGAGUACAUGAGCAACGGCAGCCUCGAGAAGCACCUCUUCAAAAGUCUUGAUGGCGCCAUGCAGUGGAAGAGGAGGAUGGAGAUCGCCUUCAGCGCCGCCAAGGGCCUCGCCUUCCUCCACCACGCCGACACACCGGUCAUCUACCGCGACUUCAAGGCGUCCAACAUCCUGCUCGACUCGGACUACAACGCCAAGUUGUCCGACUUUGGGCUCGCCAAGGAUGGGCCCCAGGGCGACACGACCCACGUCACGACACGUGUCAUGGGGACAAACGGGUAUGCGGCGCCCGAGUACAUCAUGACGGGGCACUUGACCGCCAAGAGUGAUGUCUACAGCUUCGGAGUGGUGCUCCUGGAGCUUUUGACAGGCCGCCGGUCCGUCGACCGGGCUCGGCGCCCUAGAGAGCAGAGCCUGGUGGACUGGGCUAGACCCUACCUCAAGAAGCCCGACAAGCUCUACCGGGUCAUGGACCCAGCCAUGGAAGGCCAGUACUCGUGCCAAGGGGCGGAACGGGCUGCUAUGGUGGCGUACAAGUGCCUGAGCCAGAACCCGAAGUCCAGACCCACCAUGCAGGAGGUGGUCCAGGCCCUCGAGCCCAUACUCGGCAUGGACGAUUACCUCCAGAUUGGCCCAUUUGUUUUCACGGUUAUAGUGGAGGACAUCAGCGAGGGCAAAGGCAAGAUGGUUGAUGGUGAGAAGGUGAACAUGAGGGUCAAGACGACGGUGGAGGAGAAGCACCAGAGCCACUAGGAACUGCACCGGCAAAAGUUCCCGAACUCUGCGGUCCACGCUGAGGUGCUGCACCGGGACGGCGACCUCGGGCCGCACAUCAGCGCGCUGCGGCGGCACCGGAGGACGGCGAGCUACGUCGGGGAGAGAGGAGCGUAGGUUUCAUGGUCGAUUAGCACGGCAGGUACUAGGAAAGAAGCAGCAAAGGGAAGAUUGAUUGUGUACAUAAUUGAGCUAGAUCGUAGAGGGAUGUGAGUAUGUGACACAAGAAGCCACACAAAAAGACCACGCCGCAUUGGCUGGGUCGCCACAUUUUUUUGUUCAAUUUUUUCGUUCUGGAUAGUGAUACUUGGUGUAAUUGCCCAUGGUGUCAUGAUUAUAAAUGACAUAUUAAUUGUCAUAUUGUUCAA